UCUUCUUUUGUUUGAUAUAAGUCAUAAGAGAUUGCUUUUCUUGCAAUGUUUUUUAUUGCAUCCAUUUGAUGUCUCCUUUACAUAGAAGCCUCGCUAACACAAAUUCGGAUUCUUUGCAGUCAUUGCUGAUAUACUUGCAAGAACAAUUUAUGAGUACAAGAUGUUGAAGCAAUCACCUAACCGAAAUCAAAGGACAAAUGGUUACAAGGUAAAACAAGGUCUUAAAAUAUUUACUUUAAUUGUUCUUGCCAUCUGGUUGUUAUACCAACUCAAACACUCACAAGAAACCAAGAUACUUGGAAGAAAAGGGUUUCAUUUAUGGAUGAAUAAACCGUAUGAAUUGAUUGGUGAUGCAAAAAAGAAAAAACCUGAAAUUGUCAUAGAAGAAAACAAUGGUGAAGGUGAUGAUAAUGUUGGAUAUAAUCGAGAUCGAGUGGAAGAUGAAGAGCCUGAGGAAGUAGAAGACACGAUUGACGACGAAAACAAGGAAGAGGAAGAAGAAAAUGAGGCGAUGGAGGAAGAUAUGAGCUUAUUUGAAUAUCAAGGUCAUACUGAAGGUGAGAAAGACACACAAUCAACAACUAAAAGACAUCGCAAAGAGACCGAUAUGAACCACCGAUACAUACACCAAACACUAAACUAACCUGACAUCAUGUAUGCAUUUGUAAUACUUUGAAAAAUGAAAGUGGUUGAAUGUAGUUGAUGUAUCAGUGUCAAUGCUACAUAAUUGGUGCGUUUAGGGUUUUCAAUAUGAUUACAAAGGCUAAAAAGUGUAGGUUCUGAAUUUUAAUUUUUAGUUUAAAAAAAAGAGAAAGAAAGAUUAGAAGAAAAAAAAAUUGAAAAAGAAAAGUGGCAGAUGGAAAUCACGAAGUCAAAAAAAGUAACAAGGUAACCCAAAUUUUGACCAAAUAUACACGUACCUUUGAUUUUAUAUUUAAGACCGACAAGAGUGUAUGAUAAUUGAACACGUCUCUUUUCGUAGUGUAUUGUU